AGUUAAUAAUUUCUAAAACGUAGCGCUAGUCACAUGAUUUAGGGGGAUACCGAUAAGUUUUCGCACUUCACAGACACAGUUAUCUAGCAUUUUCUCUUCCUUCUGAUCGAUAUGGAGCGGACACCGAUACUGAGCGGUGGAUCCUCCUAUGGCACGGUCAAUCCUGGAUACAUACCAACGGCAGCGGCGGGCCCAGCAAUGUCCGCUGCGCCCAUUCCACACACCCACGGUCCGUCCGCGCCUCCAUCUGAUAUGUUCGACACUGUACCGGGCUACGAGGGCACCGUGUCCGGCGGAGGAGAUGGCUACCUUCCUCCUCCUAUGCCCACUGUGCCAAUGCCAGCCCCAGAGAGCCGGCCUGCCCACCCAGACUGGCAUAUCCCAUCCAUAACUGAAGAGACGGCGCGUGAGGCCUUUAUCAUGUUUGCUUCAAACAAGUGCUGUUACAGUACUGGUCCAGCUCGAAAUGGAGUCAUUACCAACAUGGCGGCCUACAACACUUACAGGUAUCGUUUGGAGACUUUCACAGAGUCCCGAUCCACCGAGUGGAGCCACGAGCCCUAUAAAGGGCAGCCCGUUGACGCUUACCAACAGCCGGCUCCCGGCCCUUGGGACAUCGCAGCCCAGCCUCCCAGCUUCUUCAGUGAACACACUCAGCAAAUACGAGUACCCUACACUUCCUCAGUGAAGGGCUGUCACGCUUGUCUGGGGAUGGGAAGGAUGCCAUGUAAGGACUGUGCUGGAGCUGGAAAUAAAGUCUGUUGGGUGUGUAACGGCUCUGGCUAUCGCCACAGUGACGACCGCUGUAGCCACUGCAACGGCAGGGGCCGUGAGAACUGCAGUCGCUGUAGUGGCCAAGGCUCACGGCUGUGUGACACUUGUAGGGGGCAGAGACAGUUACUUGUCUUCAUAAACCUCAAGAUCAAAUGGACUAAUAAUCAGGACAGUUAUGUGGUGGAGCAAUCAAGUGGUCUGCGGGUGGAAAACUUAAGUAAAGUGACCGGGAAAGAGCUUUUCAGGGAUGCCCAGUACCUGGUGUAUCCACUCUCAGGCUUUCCUGAUCCCGCCGUGGCGCGAGCGUCUGAGCAGCUGAUCAGAGAGCACCAAGGGAAAUACUCUCUCACUUCCCGUAUCCUACAACAGCGUCAGACCAUAGAACUGAUUCCCAUCACCAAGGUGGACUAUAUGUGGAAGGGGAAGUCGCACGUUUUCUUCGUGUAUGGGAAUGAAUUCCAAGUGAAUGCCGACGACUACCCUGCAACCUGCUGCUGCUCCGUGAUGUAGCUCUGAGUUGAGAGACACUGACGAUAGAGCCAAGUCAGCACCCCACAGCUCUACAGUGCUCAGUGCUGCCUCUACUGUUUGUUUGUUUUUUUGUUUUUUUAUAUCACUGACGGAAAAACAGAAGAGUCUGACAAAAAAAAAAAAAAAGGGAAUAUGAUCAUGUGGUGAACCCUCACGUGUUAAAUCAUAAAUGAAUCAUUCCAGUGUUAUCUAAAUUUGCAGAGUGUUGUGUGCGCGCCUGUUGUUAUGUGGCCCUUAUAAAAUGAUGUUGAUGACUUGAAUGUUAUAGUGAUUGAAUGCAUAUCUGACGUAAUGUUGUUUGGCUUGUUUGUGUUGUAUCGUAGUCAUGAGAUAUAAGGCUUGGUCUGUGAGUAUUUGUGCUAAAGGCAUUUUGGACCUGUAUGAGGUCAGCUUACCUUGGAGAUGAGAGUACCUUUAACACAAACACACUUAUUUUAAACUUCAGGCUGAUUCUGACUAUUGUCCUUUGCUUUCUGUCCUGUUUUGAUGUUUGUAUAUGACAUUUUGAGAAUCUGGUUGUAAUAUAUUUGUUAUAUUUGUGGGUUUUUUUUUC